AUGGUGAUUUGCUGUUUUCAUUCCGACCCUGAUCCCGAUGCCGAUCGUCGGCUGAUCAGCGACCGUCGUCGAAGACGGUUGACCACGUUUGUGUCGCUCGCCUACCUGUUUGGAUGGAGGCUGACGCAGGUGUUGCUUAUGCCGUCACACGCUGACCAUCUGCCGUCCUCACUAGUUAUUUGCACACCCAACACCAGGCGAACUCAGGCGAAGGCAGUGACGUCGCUGCGCGCCGCAAUCCAAGCACGUAGUGUUCGCGCUCAACGCGUCGUCGUCAGCCGUCAGCCGUCAAAGGGUCAGCGGUCCACCUCCUCCGUUGUUCGACGGACUGCGUCCUCCUCAAAUGCUGGACUGCGUAUUUCUGCUCAUCAGCUCAUUCCACAGAUCGUCCGAGUCGGACACUGGCAGCAACCUAACGAGUAA